GCCGGAAAAUCUCUCUCCGACGAGAAUGGCUGGAAAGCCCCCCUUCCUUUCCACCUGCUCUCUCCAGCGCUCUCUCCUCACGCUCGCCUUCCUAACCCUCAUCUCCUUUACCUUCCUCUCCCUCCGAUCCCUCCGCUCUCCCCCCCAGUACGCGUCCGACCUCUCCUCUUCCUCCAAAUCCUCUCCCGGAGUCCUCCUCGGUGGAUACCCCGGCGCCGGCGACGCCUCGGACCUCCCAUCGUGGUCGUCGAUCUACAACUCGCCGGAGGUCUUUCGGAGGAACUACGCCGAGAUGGAGCGGAAAUUUAAGGUCUUUAUAUACCCAGACGGAGAUCCCAAUACCUAUUACCAGACCCCGAGGAAGCUCACGGGGAAGUACGCGAGCGAAGGGUACUUCUUCCAGAACAUCCGGGAGAGCCGGUUCCUCACCGAUGAUCCCGAUCAGGCGGACCUCUUCUUCAUUCCCAUUUCCCCUCACAAGAUGAGAGGGAAGGGCAUAUCAUACGAGAAUAUGACCAUGAUAGUUCAGAAUUAUGUUGAAGGCUUGAUAAGCAAAUACCCUUAUUGGAACAGGACAUUAGGUGCAGAUCACUUUGUUGUUACUUGCCAUGAUGUUGGUGUGAGGGCAUUUGAAGGGCUUCCAUUUCUUAUAAAGAAUUCCAUCCGAGUUGUCUGUUCACCAAGCUAUGAUGUUGGAUAUAUCCCACACAAAGAUGUUGCUCUUCCUCAAGUACUGCAGCCAUUUGCUCUUCCAGCAGGAGGAAAUGAUAUUGAGAACAGGACAAUACUUGGAUUUUGGGCUGGUCAUCGGAAUUCUAAGAUAAGAGUUACUUUAGCACGUGUAUGGGAGAAUGACACAGAGCUUAGCAUCAGCAAUAAUCGCAUAAGCAGAGCUAUUGGAGAGUUGGUAUAUCAAAAGCAGUUUUACAGGACUAAGUUCUGCAUUUGUCCAGGUGGCUCCCAAGUUAAUAGUGCUCGCAUAGCUGACUCCAUUCACUAUGGAUGUAUUCCUGUAAUUUUGUCUAAUUACUAUGACUUGCCAUUCAAUGACAUCCUUGACUGGCAUAAGUUUUCUCUCGUUCUCAAGGAGAGUGAUGUCUACCAGCUGAAGUCUAUUCUCAAGACCGUAUCUCAUGAAGAAUUUAUUGCAUUACAUAAGUCUUUAGUUGAGGUUCAAAAACACUUCGAGUGGCAUUCACCUCCAGUUCCUUAUGAUGCAUUCCACAUGGUAAUGUACGAGCUUUGGCUACGACACCAUGUCAUCAAGUACUAGACUACAGAUUUCUGUAUGUUGGCUUUUUGUACCAGGCUUGGUUAGGGAUUAGUUGAGAAGAGGACUAGUCCCUUCAAUAUGUACAGCUUCAAAUGUGUAAGAAUAUAUAAAAAUUUUGUUCUUCAUCCACUUGCAUUUGGAUAGAUCAGUUAAAUGAGGCAGCGAUGUAAGCUGGUGCAAUGUCGAUUAGGCGGCCAUCUAUGCCCUAAGCUGUGUUUCAUGGUGUCACGGAUAGCAUUUAACCAUCUAAUUUGAGUGCGAUAAUCAGGAGUCUUUUUGUCAGCACUCUACUUCAACAUGUUUCCCCUUUACAGCAUCACAACCACACUUUUGUAAUUUUAUGAUGACGAAUUUUUGUAAAAUGCAAUUUAUUUAUUUAUUUAUUUU